GUCGUGAGCCACUUCUCGGAGUCGCAGGUCUCUUUUGGAUGGGAGGUGCUGUUCGUGAAAAAGCAUUGGAUCCAUGGCAACAAUCAUGGCAGAAGCUGAGACACGCCAGAAGCUGCUGCGUACUGUCAAGAAAGAGGUGAAGCAGAUUAUGGAGGAAGCAGUCACCAGGAAAUUUGUUCACGAAGACAGCAGCCAUAUUGUUUCCCUUUGUGCUGCGGUGGAGGUGUGUGUUUUACACGGGCUCAAACGUCGAGCGGCAGGCUUUCUUCGGAGCAACAAAAUAGCCGCCCUGUUCAUGAAGGUGGGCAAGAGCUUCGCCCCGGCUGAGGAGCUGUGCAAGAAAGCCCAGGAGCUGGAACAGAUUAUCGAGACUAAACGGAGCCAAAGCUUGCAAAGCCAGGACAGCAUGCGCAAAAUGCCUCGGCUUCCCAGCCUCACUCCCAAGGCCGUUAAGAACUUGUGGAUCCGGACGGCUCUUUUCGAGAAGGUGCUGGACAAGAUUGUCCUCUUCCUGGUAGAAAACAGCAGUAAAUAUUACGAGAAAGAGGCUGUUCUAAUGGACCCUGUGGAUGGACCUAUCCUUGCUUCUUUGCUGGUGGGUCCUUGUGCUUUGGAGUAUACGAAAAUGAAAACAGCCGACCACUUUUGGACCGAUCCCUCAGCUGACGAGUUGGUUCAAAGGCAUCGCAUACACAGUGGUCACUGCAGGCAGGACUCGCCCACCAAGAGGCCUGCAUUGUGUAUCCAGAAGCGUCACUCCAGUAGCAGCAUGGACGAGCGCCCGUCUCCCUCGCCAUCAGCGCGCGACUACGUUGAGUCACUGCAUCAAAACAACAGGGCAACUCUGCUGUUUGGGAAAAACAAUGUGCUCGUUCAGCCGAGAGACGACAUGGAAGCUAUUCCAGGUUACCUCUCCCUACACCAGACGGCUGACCUCAUGACACUGAAGUGGACACCCAAUCAACUCAUGAAUGGCUCCGUUGGCGACUUGGACUACGAACGAAGUGUUUAUUGGGACUAUGCUAUGACAAUCCCUCUUGAAGAGAUCGUGUACUUGCAUUGCCAUCAACAAGUUGACAGUGGAGGCACAGUAGUGCUAGUCAGUCAGGAUGGCAUCCAACGGCCCCCUCUUCGCUUCCCCAAAGGAGGCCACCUGCUCCAGUUCCUGUCCUGUCUGGAAAACGGUUUGCUUCCACAUGGCCAGCUGGAUCCUCCUCUCUGGUCCCAGAGGGGAAAGGGUAAAGUGUUUCCAAAGCUGAAGAAGAGGCUCCCUCAAGGAUCUGGAUCUGCAGACUCGGUCUCAGAUAAGGAGGAGGAAGAAGCCACAGACUACGUCUUCCGCAUCCUCUUUCCGAACAGCCAGUCAGAGUUCGUGACUCCACCAGAUUUGAUGGACCAGAGCCCUGCAAUGUGGCAUCCCCCUCUCAGGAAGUCUUCCUGCUCAUCCUGCUCCCAGGGCAGCCUCUCCGAUGGGUCCACGCCCAAAGGGUGCAACCAAGAGAGGACUCCCCUGAAGCUGCUUUGUGACAAUAUGAAAUAUCAGAUCAUCUCCAGGGCAUUUUACGGCUGGCUGGCAUACUGCCGUCACCUGUCGACUGUGCGCACUCACCUUUCGGCUCUUGUCAAUCACACCAUUGUGUCGCCCGACGCGCCGUGCGACGCAUACAAAGGACUUACGGCAGAUGUGUGGCAGAUGUUUCUCCAGGAUCAUACCACCUACAAGGAACAAGAGCUACUUCGUUUGGUCUAUUUUGGCGGUGUGGACCCUUCACUGCGUAAGGAGGUGUGGCCGUAUCUCUUGGGGCAUUACCAAUUUGAAAUGUCUGAAGGCGAAAGGAAAGAGGUGGAUGAGCAGGUGCGAUUGUGCUAUCAGCAGACCAUGCGUGAAUGGCUGGGCUGUGAGGAGAUUGUUCGACAGCGGGAGAAGGAGCAACACGCUGCUGCCUUAGCCAAGUGCUUUUCAGGGGCGAGCAUGGACAGUACCAGUCCAAAGAUGGUUCAUCACGACUCAACCGUCAGCAAUGAGUCCCGGUCCUCCCUGAGUUCUGAUAGGCAGAGUCUGGCUCGUCUGCAGAGUGACUCAAGCACCAGCACACAGUUGUUCACAUCAUCCCAUCCCUUCCCCUGGAGUAGUCUGCUUCCCUUUGGCUCUUUCUUGCAGGUGUUUGAGUCUGUAGAGGAGGUGGAGCAGAUCGAAACAGAAUCCAAGAGCGAAGAAGCCAAGCUUUUGCCAAAGAUGACCAAUGGGGCGCUCCAAAAUGGCCCAAGUUCUCCGGAUUCUGGGCAUCCUUCUUCCCGGAACUUCUCAGUGACCUCCGGCUUGUCAGACGGCUCACUCAGCACGGAAGACAGUGGCGCACCUGAAGCUGGCCUGAAAGCUUCAACCAAACUUCCUCAAGAUUCAGGUCUGACAGAGCAGGAAAAACCAAAUGUGACCAAGACUGAAGUGCUGGGUGUACUGGAAGAAUCCAACAAGUCAGAGGAACCCAAAGUACAGGAGACUCAGAGUGGUGAUGUUGCCUCAAAAGGAAGAGAAGUGCCUAACAAAGAUAGUACAUUCCUGCCAGGAACAUGCACAGAAUCCCAAGAUCAUACUGAACAAAGACUGAAAAACCAAGAUGUCAAGAAAACUGAAGGAGAGCCUCAGACAGAAUGGUGCAAAGUAGAAGACAAAUCCAGCCAAGGUGAGGCAUUACAAGAGGUGAGAUUCAUUAAGAAUCCCAGAUCAUCUGAAGUUGACAAAACACUUAUUUUAGCAGACACUAGGGUGUCCAGAGCCAGAGAGGCCUACUGUACAUCUCAGAAAGCGGAAGCUCAGGUCCUGACUGAAUCUGAUGAGUCCCCUUCAGCCAUAGAGAUGGAGGAGAUUCCCAAAGCCAAUGUUUCCAUGGUGCCCUUGAGCAGGAAGGACUUGGAGGACUUGGCUCCUUAUACGGAUCUCCGACCUGAGGGGCAAGAAAAGCCCAGUCCCGAAGGAACCGAGUCCAUUUUGUCUGAGGAGCCAGAGAUGGAGAGCCUCUACCCUCACUUUGAGCCACUGGAUGGAUGUGCAGACAUUGAAGAUGCUUGUUCUCUCCAAUCUGCUGGGAGUGCCUUCUCUCAAGAGCUUUUAGACUUGUACACAUUGAAUUUGCACCGCAUUGAAAAGGACGUACAGCGCUGUGACAGGAACUACUGGUACUUCACUCCUGCAAACCUGGAAAAGCUCCGCAACAUCAUGUGCAGCUAUAUCUGGAGGCACCUUGACAUCGGUUACGUUCAGGGUAUGUGCGACCUGUUGGCUCCACUUCUCGUCAUUCUGGAUGACGAGGCCAUAGCCUUUAGCUGCUUCACAGAGCUCAUGAAGAGGAUGAAUCAAAACUUUCCACAUGGCGGAGCGAUGGAUACUCACUUUGCCAACAUGCGCUCUCUGAUCCAAAUCCUGGAUUCAGAACUUUUUGAGCUGAUGCACCAAAACGGAGACUACACUCACUUCUACUUCUGUUACCGCUGGUUCCUCUUAGACUUCAAGCGAGAGUUGGUCUACGAUGACGUUUUUGCAGUCUGGGAAACCAUCUGGGCGGCUAAGUUUGCUUCCUCUAGUCACUUUGUCCUCUUUAUCGCCUUGGCUCUAGUGGAAAUCUACAGGGACAUCAUCCUGGAGAACAACAUGGACUUCACUGAAAUUAUUAAAUUCUUCAAUGAGAUGGCUGAGCAUCACAACAUCAAGCAGAUUUUGACCUUGGCAAGAGAUCUGGUGUAUAAAGUGCAGAUGCUGAUAGAGAACAAGUGAUCGGGAUAUUUGUCUUCUUUUUCCUUCCAAUCAAGUGUAGUCAUCUGUAGCAGCAUCGCACGCACGCACUUACACACACACACACCUCUACAAAUACAAAAAAAAUGCCUUUACUAUCAUUGGUUGCAGCCUCAAUUGAGUGUCUGACCUCUGUUAUUUGUGUAGUCAACAGGUCUAUGAUAUUAUGCUUUAUAGAGUAAUUAUCAGUAUCUGCAAAUACAUAUUAUGUGUUUUACGUAAAGUUAUUUAAGUGUCAAUGUUAAUUGGAACAGACUUAAUCGCUGCCAUUGACGGAGAUGGACGUCAAUUUGUUUUAACUGGGAGGGCUGGCAACCCUCACAGUUGACAUGAAAAUGACAUCUAUCACCGUCAUUAGCAGCCAGUGAGUAAGAUUGGUUGCACAUUUCAAGACGAAUAUGUUCAAACUAUUUUUGAAUGACUACAUAUUUAUGAAAAUGUACUAUAUGUUGCCUAAACUUGUUUAACAGCCAAUGUUUACAUGAUAAGAUUACGUUUUAAAAUAUAAACUCUCCUCAUGAUAAGGGAUAAAUGAAUGUUAGUUUGACAGAUACAAUUAAUCCCUAUUUAGAGCCUUGUACCACAUCUGUGAUUUUCUGUUGUCAGUGUUUCCAAUGUUCUCAAGCUGCCUUCCUGCCAAAUAGGAUGUCCUUGUUUGUGUCACCGUGACACAGUUAUUUGUCCAAUAUACUCGGAUAUUUAAAAAAAAAAACUCGCAUUUAAAAGACAUCCAUUUUCUUUGUUGUUUUUGUUCCGUGAACAGUUUAAUAUUUUGUACGUUGUAUCCCUUGGAUUUUCGUAUUGUCAGUUUUUACGUUGAAAUAACUUGAAACGGUUUAUAUUAUCAUGAUUAUAGAACACAGUCAUGUUUUUAGUUUACCAAAAUGAGGUGAAAAUGAAAGCUACACAUGCCUGCUUGUGAUUUAUUUGAAUGUUGUUUGCAAAGAAGUUACUGUAUGAUGAUGAAGAACAUCUGUUUUAAUGUUUUGGAAGUAUUUAAGCAUUGAUAAUGACAAACACUAUCCAGUGCAGUAUGUGCUUCUAACCAUUCUAUUAGUACUCCUGAUGAUUUUUUUCCCCAAAUGUCAAGAUUCCUAUUUAUUGCCUCUAUUUAUGAAUGCGGUCAAAUGAAUUGCAAUGUGUUUUAAUUUAUUGCUAACUGAUGUUGUCAGUAAGCUCACUGGAAUUUGCAGUUAAGUAAUUGGCAGACUUUUAAAAAUCAUUCAUUUAGACAUUGCUAUUUUGGUAAAAGUAUUUUUAUUUUGUGCCAAGUUCUAACUGUGUAUUGUAAGACAAAUUAUAUUCUGAGAGCUCAUAUAUGAUAUAUAUUAAAUGGUAUAUGUUAUUGUAACAUCAGGAUCAUAUGUUGUUUUUUUUUAUUGACACAAAACACG